UGACCACUAAAAACUAAAGGAGGAAGCUUCAUUUCGUCACCACCCGACAGAAGACGAAAAUGGUAUGGAGAAAAUGAUCGAAAUGACGAAGUUAAAAAGUAUGCUUUUAGAAUAAGGUGAGCGCGGUAAGAAAGGUGCAUUGCUUUUGCGAUGCUGUUUGCCAGGAGAGGAGGCCCUAGAGCCCAGCGCCUGCUGCUCUCGCUUCUGCUCCUCGCAGCCUGGGAGGCGGGGAGCGGCCAGCUGCACUACUCGGUUCCCGAGGAGGCCAAACACGGCACCUUCGUGGGCCGCAUCGCGCAGGACCUGGGACUGGAGCUGGCGGAGCUGGUGCCGCGCCUGUUCCGGGUGGCGACCAAGGACCACGGGGACCUUCUGGAGGUAAAUCUGCAGAAUGGCAUUUUGUUUGUGAAUUCUCGGAUCGACCGGGAGGAGCUGUGCGGGCGGAGCACGGAGUGCAGCAUCCACCUGGAGGUGAUCGUGGACAGGCCGCUGCAGGUUUUCCAUGUGGAGGUGGAGGUGAAGGACAUUAACGACAACCCGCCGGUCUUCAGAGGCCGAGAACAAAGGAUGUUUAUUCCUGAAAACAGACAACUGGAUUCGCGUUUUCCUAUAGAGGGAGCUGCUGACCGAGACAUUGGUGUUAAUGCUCUUCUAACUUACACUCUGAGUCCCAGUGAUUACUUUUCUUUGGAUGUACAGGCAAGUGAUGAACUGAGUAAAUCUCUGUCUCUUGAACUGAGGAAAUCUUUGGAUAGAGAAGAAACACCAGAACUUCAUUUAUUAUUGACAGCUACUGACGGAGGCAAACCAGCACUGAAAGGUACGGUUCAGCUGCUGAUCACUGUACUCGAUGUUAAUGAUAAUGCUCCUCUGUUUGACCAGGCCGUGUACAGAGUCCACUUAUUAGAGAGUACAGCAAACGGAACAUUAGUGACGAUGUUAAACGCCUCUGACACUGAUGAAGGUAUAAACGGUGAAGUUGUCUUUUCCUUUGGCAAUGAUGUUUCUCCUAACAUUCCAGAAAAAUUCAAAAUUGAUUCCAACUCAGGAGAAAUUAGAGUAAUUGGUAAUUUGGAUUAUGAAGAAACAAAAUCCUAUGAAAUUCAGGUAAAGGCAGUUGAUAAGGGAAGUCCUCCGAUGUCAAAUCACUGCAAGGUUUUGGUAAAGGUACUGGACGUAAAUGAUAAUACUCCCAAAGUGGUGAUCACUUCAUUGUCUUUGCCCAUCAGAGAGGAUGCUCCACUUAGUACCGUUAUUGGUCUCAUUGUGGUGUCUGACCUCGACUCAGGUGUCAAUGGGCAGGUGUCCUGCUCCUUGACCCCUAAUGUUCCCUUCAAGCUGGUGUCCACUUUCAAGAAUUACUAUUCCCUGGUCCUUGACGGCGCCUUAGACCGAGAGACCAUAUCUGACUAUAAGGUGGUGGUGACCGCGCGGGACGGGGGCUCGCCCUCGCUGUGGGCCACGGCCAGCGUGUCCGUGGAGGUGGCCGACGUGAACGACAACGCGCCUGCGUUCGCGCAGCCCGAGUACACGGUGUUCGUGAAGGAGAACAACGCGCCGGGUUCGCACAUCUUCACGGUGUCGGCGCGGGACGUGGACGCGCAGGAGAACGCGCUGGUGUCCUACUCGCUGGUGGAGCGGCGGGUGGGCGAGCGCGCGCUGUCGAGCUACGUGUCGGUGCACGCGGAGAGCGGCAAGGUGUACGCGCUGCAGCCGCUGAACCACGAGGAGCUGGAGCUGCUGCAGUUCCAGGUGAGCGCGCGCGACGCUGGCGUGCCGCCCCUGGGCAGCAACGUGACGCUGCAGGUGUUCGUGCUGGAUGAGAACGACAAUGCGCCCGCGCUGCUGGGGCCUGCUGUGGGCGGCGCGGUGAGCGAGCUGGUGUCGCGGUCAGUGGGCGCGGGCCACGUGGUGGCGAAGGUGCGCGCGGUGGACGCGGACUCUGGCUACAACGCGUGGCUGUCUUAUGAGCUGCAGCCGGCGGCGGGUGGUGCGCGCAGCCCGUUCCGCGUGGGGCUGUACACGGGCGAGAUCAGCACGACGCGCGCCCUGGACGAGGCUGACGCGUCGCGCCAACGCUUGUUGGUGUUGGUGAAGGACCAUGGCGAGCCAGCGCUGAUGGCCACCGCCACUGUGCUGGUGUCUCUGGUGGACAGUGGUCAAGCACCAAAAGCCUCUUCGCCGUCACUGGCGGGUUCAGUGGCCCAGGAGGCAGCUCUGGUGGAUGUCAAUGUGUACCUGAUCAUUGCCAUCUGCGCUGUGUCCAGUCUGCUGGUGCUCACGUUGCUGCUGUACACAGCGCUGCGUUGCUCAGCGGCGCCCACCGGGAGCAUGUGCGGGCCUGGGAAGCCCAUGCUGGUGUGCUCCAGCGCGGUGGGGAGCUGGUCGUACUCGCAGCAGAGGAGGCAGAGGGUGUGCUCUGGGGAGGUGCCACCCAAGACUGACCUUAUGGCCUUUAGCCCGGGUCUAGCUCCAGGUUUGAACACUUCGGAAAGCAAUGAACAUCCACAAGUAAAUUCGGAUCUCUCCGGCAAUGUAAGUUCAAAUUCGAGCUUUGCUUUACAUUUCUUUCUGUUUAAUGUAAAAAAGAAUAAAUUUGAAGAGUGUCAAAGAUUAGUAAUGGUGUCUUCUCUGAGAAGAGGCCGAGAAGUCCGGAAGUGUUUGCUGCUCUCGCUUCUGCUCCUCGCAGCCUGGGAGGCGGGGAGCGGCCAGCUGCACUAUUCGGUCCCCGAGGAGGCCAAACACGGCACCUUCGUGGGCCGCAUUGCGCAGGACCUGGGACUGGAGCUGGCGGAGCUGGUGCCGCGCCUGUUCCGGGUGGCGACCAAGGACUGCGGGGACCUUCUGGAGGUAAAUCUGCAGAAUGGCAUUUUGUUUGUGAAUUCUCGGAUCGACCGGGAGGAGCUGUGCGGGCAGAGCGCGGAGUGCAGCAUCCACCUGGAGGUGAUCGUGGACAGGCCGCUGCAGGUUUUCCAUGUGGAGGUGGAGGUGAAGGACAUUAAUGACAAUCCGCCUGCGUUUCCAAUUAUAGUAAAGACACUCCGGUUUCCUGAAUCCAGGCUGAUUGACUCAAGAUUUCCUUUAGAGGGAGCAUCUGAUGCUGACAUUGGAGUAAAUGCUCUUCUGUCCUACAAACUCAGCCCUAGUGAGUUUUUCUUUCUAGACAUAGAGAUAAAUGAUGAGCUAAGCCAAUCUUUGUUUCUCGUGCUGGGGAAAUCUCUGGACAGAGAGGAAAGAGCCGAGAUUAAUUUGUUACUGGUAGCUACUGAUGGGGGCAAACCUGAGCUCACCGGCAGCGUUCAAAUACUUAUUAAGGUAUUAGAUAUAAAUGACAAUGAACCUACUUUUGCCCAAUCAGUUUACAAAGUGCAGUUGCUAGAGAACACUGCAAACGGAACUUUAGUGCUUAAAUUAAAUGCUUCCGAUGCAGAUGAAGGAUCAAACAGCGAGAUUGUGUAUUCAUUCAGUAGUGAUGUGACCUCCGCUAUUCAGACAAAGUUCAAAAUAGACCCCACCUUAGGGGAAAUCAAGACUAAGGGGAAAUUAGAUUAUGAAGAAACGAAAUCCUAUGAUAUUCAGGUCGUUGCAUUUGACAAAGGAAUUCCAUCAAUGUCGGGACACUGUAAAGUUUCAGUAAAACUUGUGGAUAUCAACGAUAAUACACCAAAAGUUUCAAUAAUGUCUCUCUCGCUUCCUAUAAAAGAGGAUGCUACGCUGGGCACUGUCAUCGCUCUUAUCACAGUGUCAGACCGUGACUCAGGUACCAAUGGACAGGUGACCUGCACGUUAACAGCCCAUGUCCCCUUCAAACUGGUGUCCACUUUCAAGAAUUACUAUUCCCUGGUCCUUGACGGCGCCCUGGACCGAGAGACCAUAUCUGACUAUAAGGUGGUGGUGACCGCGCGGGACGGGGGCUCGCCCUCGCUGUGGGCCACGGCCAGCGUGUCCGUGGAGGUGGCCGACGUGAACGACAACGCGCCUGCGUUCGCGCAGCCCGAGUACACGGUGUUCGUGAAGGAGAACAACACGCCGGGUUCGCACAUCUUCACGGUGUCGGCGCGGGACGUGGACGCGCAGGAGAACGCGCUGGUGUCCUACUCGCUGGUGGAGCGGCGGGUGGGCGAGCGCGCGCUGUCGAGCUACGUGUCGGUGCACGCGGAGAGCGGCAAGGUGUACGCGCUGCAGCCGCUGGACCACGAGGAGCUGGAGCUGCUGCAGUUCCAGGUGAGCGCGCGCGACGCUGGCGUGCCGCCCCUGGGCAGCAACGUGACGCUGCAGGUGUUCGUGCUGGAUGAGAACGACAAUGCGCCCGCGCUGCUGGGGCCUGCUGUGGGCGGCGCGGUGAGCGAGCUGGUGUCGCGGUCAGUGGGCGCGGGCCACGUGGUGGCGAAGGUGCGCGCGGUGGACGCGGACUCUGGCUACAACGCGUGGCUGUCUUAUGAGCUGCAGCCGGCGGCGGGUGGUGCGCGCAGCCCGUUCCGCGUGGGGCUGUACACGGGCGAGAUCAGCACGACGCGCGCCCUCGACGAGGCUGAUGCGCCGCGCCAAUGCCUACUGGUUCUGGUGAAGGACCAUGGCGAGCCGGCGCUGAUGGCCACAGCCACUGUGCUGGUGUCUCUGGUGGACAGCAGCCAUGAGCCAAAAGUCUUGCGAACUUCAUUUGGAGCUUCCAGCUCUGAGGCUGCGCUGGUGAAUGUCAACGUGUACCUGAUCAUCGCCAUCUGCGCGGUGUCCAGUCUGCUGGUGCUCACGUUGCUGCUGUACACAGCUCUGCGUUGCUCAGCGGCGCCUUCUGGGAGCAUGUGCGGGCCUGGGAAGCCCAUGCUGGUGUGCUCCAGCGCGGUGGGGAGCUGGUCGUACUCACAGCAGAGGCGGCAUAGGGUGUGCUCUGCAGAGGUGCCACCGAAGACUGACCUCAUGGCAUUUAGUCCUAGCCUACCUCAGGGUCCAGACUCCAUAGAAGAAAGACAACAGCCCUCAGAAUCAGAAUAUCUAGGAAAGGUGGGUCUUUUUUCUUUUCUUGCCAGUUCU